AUGAACAAUUCUCUUUCAUUAACUAAUGCAAAACACGAUCCUAAAGGGUUAAAAAAUCCUAAACUUACAACUCAAGGACAGCAAUUUCCAACAAAAUCAAAACUUUAUUCAUCAAAUGGCACAAAAAAUUAUUCAACAAGUAUCGAUGCUCAACAGCCGCUUCUUCAAUUAGGUUUUCGUAUAAAUGAAAAAUUAAUUGGUACUGGUUCUUAUGCUAAAGUCAAGAGAUGCAUACGUGAAAUUGAUAAUAAAGAAUUUGCAGUGAAAAUAAUCGAUCGUGAUAAAGCUCCUACUGAUUUUGUUACUAAAUUCUUACCACGUGAACUUGAUAUUAUUAGAAUAUUAGAUCAUCCAAAUAUUGUCAAAGUACAACAUAUCCUUGAAACAAAAUCUCUUACAUUAAUCGUCAUGGAAUAUGCAUCAAAUGGAGACCUUCUUGAUUAUAUAAAUAAAACAACCCGUCUACAAGAAUCAGUUGCUCGACGUAUGUUUCGUGAAUUAUGUGAUGCUAUUUAUUAUAUUCUUGAUCCGCCGCCGACUGAUAAUAAAAAGAAUACAAUUGAAAAAAAGAUUUUAAGUAGAACAUUUUGUGGUUCAGCGGCAUAUGCUGCACCAGAGAUUCUUCGUGGUCAAGAAUAUAAUCCAAAACUUUAUGAUAUUUGGUCAGCAGGAUGUAUCCUAUACAUAAUGAUUUAUUCAAAAAUGCCUUUCGAUGAUUCUGAUAUUAAAAAAAUGAUCGAAGCACAAAUGACAAAAGGUGGUCUUCGUUUAGGUAGUGAAGGUUCAUCUGAAGUACAAGAUCUUAUUGUACGUAUGCUUCAACCUGAAGUAACACAACGAUGGCCUAUUGAACUCGUACAAAGACAUCCAUGGUUUACUAGACAAAUAAAUGCUGACAAUCAAGGAUCAUCAAUGUCUUAUGUAAAUACAACGACAACAAAUCGAGGACAAGUUCAAGGCGGUGUCCAUCAAAUACCAAAACGACAAGGAUCACCUGUUUAUGCAUGA